UAGAACAAGUCCCAUUCGUACACCUGUCUGACGGAUAUUGCGCAUGCUCAGUGUGCUAUCGUUGUCAUCAUGGCGGCGCGGAGCCAUGUGCAGGAUCCUAACGAUAGGAGACUCAGGCCCAUUUAUGAUUCUCUUGAUAAUGGCAAUAACAAGAUGGCGAUCCAGCAAGCUGAUAAGUUACUGAAGAAACACAAAGAUCUCCACUGCGCUAAGAUGCUCCAUGAGCAGCAGUCACAGGAUAUGGCUAUGGUUGUCAUUAAUCCAGGCAAUCCUAUCAAUCUGGACUUUAGAGUUUGCUUUGAAACGGAGUUGGUGACUAAACUUUAUGAGGCAGCUGUAAAGAAGGUCCCAAGCAGCGAGGAGUAUCAUUCACAUUUAUUUAUGGCCUAUGCAAGGGUUGGGGAAUACAAGAAAAUGCAACAGGCUGGGAUGGCACUUUAUAAAAUUGUUCCUAAGAAUCCAUAUUAUUUCUGGUCCGUAAUGAGCCUAGUUAUGCAGUCCAUUUCAGCUCAGGAUGAAAAGCUUUCAAAAACCAUGUUUCUGCCUUUGGCAGAGAGGAUGGUGGAAAAGAUGGUAAAAGAGGACAAAAUUGAAGCAGAAGCUGAGGUUCAGCUUUACUACAUGAUUUUAGAGCGUUUGGGAAAAUUUCAAGAAGCACUGAAUGUUUUAAGAGGAAACCUAGGAGAAAAAUUAACAAGCGAAUUACAAUCCAGAGAAAGUAAAUGUUUGGCAAUGUACAAGAAGCUUAGAAAGUGGCAAGAGUGUAAUGCACUUUCUAGAAAACUGUUGCUAAACAACCCUGAUGACUGGCAGUUCUACCUGUCUUACUUUGACUCGUUGUUCCAUCUUGUUGAUGAGGGCUGGAUCCCACCCGAAGGCAGUGAUCACUCUGUUGAAGGAGUUGUGGAUUAUUCUGUAGAAGAAGCUGCUAAAUUUAUAGAGGAUAGGAUUAUAAAUGAAGAGUCAAAGGGAUUUCGGAAGCUAAGAGGACCAUAUCUUGCCAAACUGGAAUUGAUACAACGUCUUCGACAGAGGGGUGCUAAUGAUGAACACAAAUUAGGAGAGCCAGUUGAGUUAAUGAUUCAGUACUUUGAAAAAUUUGGGGAUAAACCCUGUUGUUACACUGAUCUUAAAGUUUUUGUAGACCUGCUAUCUCCUGACCAACAUAUACAGUUUAUUAAUAAACUAAUGGAAGCUGUACCCUUAAUGGUCCCAGCUGAUGGUGGAUUUGCACUGCCAGGUGAUACCAAAGUGAUGUAUCGACAUAUGUGUGUAGUACAGCUGUCAAGAUUACUUUGCCUUCAUCAUAAUAAGGAUCAGAGUGAAAAACUAAACCUGAUAGGAGAAUUGAUGUCAAGAUACCGACAUGGGUUGGAGUUUGGAAAGUCUUGCCUGAAGACAGAAUUACAAUCCUGUGAUAAUUACUGUCUGCUUGCUGCUCAUGUAUUCAUUGAUAUAUGGAAAGAUACAGGUGAUGAGUGGCCUUUGUGGCAGUCCAUGUAUGUACUGGAAGAAGGCCUUUUUCACAGUCCUUGUAAUGCCCAAUUCAAACUACUGUUAACCCGAAUCUUUUGCCAUCUAGGGGCAUUUGAGCCUGUUGUGGAUCUCUAUUCUAGCCUUGAUGCCAAACAUGUACAGCAUGAUACCAUUGGAUACCUGUUGACUCGCUAUGCAGAGGCACUUGGUCAGUUUGCAGCUGCAUCCCAGUCCUGUAAUUUUACACUUAGGUUUUUCCACUCUAACCAGAAAGAUACCUCAGAAUAUAUUAUUCAAGCAUACAAGUAUGGCGCAUUUGAGAAGAUCCCAGAAUUCAUUGCUUUCAGGAACAGGCUAAAUAACUCGCUACAUUUUGCACAAGUUCGCACUGAAAGGAUGUUGUUAGACCUCUUCCUUGAAGCAAAUAUAUCAGUGUCGUUGGAGGAAAGUAUAAAAUCCAUGAGUCUGAAUCCAGAAGAUGAUGAUAUUCCUUGGAAUGACUUGCGUGACAAUAGGGAUAUUAAUGUUCUCACUAACUGGGAUCCAAAAGACAGAGGGAUUAAUGAGAAUGAUUUAAUCUUGUUAAAUAAAGGGUUAGGAUUUAUACCUUCCCAGAGCAGCAAGCUGAACAACACAUUAACUGAACUAAGAUUAUUUGCUAGAUUGGUAGCUCUUAAAUUGUAUUUUAAUUCAAAUGCAAAAUCUAUUGAAACUAUUAGUAAUAUAUCUUUGAAAAAGAAAAGCAAUUUUACUCCCCCUUUACCCAGUAAUGUUGAAUGUUUCACUAGAAUAUGUGAGGAUGAUUUCUACAAAUAUUAUACGCAAAAUAACGAGCAUAAUGUUAAAAAGAAUAGAUAUUACAACAUGACUAGUUUUGAAGUAGCCUCACUUGCUAAACUAACACAAGAUGAUAUGUUAACAAUAAAACCAGCAGAUAAAGGAGGUGCUAUAAUUCUCAUGGAUACAACUGAAUAUGACAAGAGUAUGCAUACACUGUUGAAUGAUACCAAAACAUAUAUAGUCAUAACCACCACUGAAAUAUCAAGGAUCAUACAGAAAGUGCAUGAUAACAUCUAUGAUCUUCUUAUGUGCAGACAGGUAGACAAAGAGUUAUAUGAGUUUCUAUUAAUUGAUUUACCACUAAUACCUUCUAUGAAAGGUUUACCGAAGUACCCUUUCCUGGCAUUGCCUUCAUCACGAAUGGCUGGGUACUUUUCCACGGGCACAUGUCACUGUCAGAUGAGCUGUUUCCAUCUUGUUUGUGAUAUUUAUGAUCUGGAUACCAGCGGCAUGGAAGAGACUGUGGAAAUCCAGGAGAGAAUACGAGACAAUUUUGCAUCCUUAUUACUGCAGCUAAAAGAAUUGUUCAGCUGUUGCAAAGGUAACCUGAUGGAAGUGAAAAAUAGCCAGUGUAAAACAAAUCCAGCUGUUCUAGAAAACCUUGUCUUCUUUGUUGAGACUAUCAGUAUUGUCCUGUGGACAUCAAGUUACUGUGCUAGUGUUCUUCGACCUUUGAAGUCUAAUUUGCAAAAGAAGAAGAAGAAGAAAAAGGAGGCCAGUGUAGUACUGCCUCCUGCGUUUACAAAUUAUCAAGAUUAUGUUACUGGGUUGCACAGUUUGCUUGGUGAAGCUCUAGAACAUAUUAAAGGGGUUGAUGCCACUUUGACUGCACUUAAACUUGAAGAACUGUUCCUAGAAGACACCGCACUGUCAGAGGUAGAAAAGAAGUUUACAAAAACUGUACAAGGGAAAGUCCAAAGUAGUUACCAGCGUUCACUGCAGGAAAUUGAAGAAUUGCUUAAAAAGAGACUAGAUACUGUAAAAGUCUUGAAAAUCUAGAGACUCAGCUUUGGACCUUAAGACUGCAAUAUUAAUCAGCUGGCACUGCUCUCUGAAAUACUGGCAACAUUAAGCUGUCCAUCCUUUAUAUCCAGAACUUCCUCUUAAAAGCAUGAAGGACUAAUCAUAAAAUAAGGUUUUUAGUAUGAAAAAAAGAGUAAAUUAUUGUACAUAAUAGCUCGGAGGCCCAUUCUUGGGUAGACCACUUGUUUGUUAUAUAUGUUAAUAGGUGUACUGCAACAAGAACACAUAUUCCAUUUUCAUUUCCAGUGAAUCACAAAAGGAAAAAUAUAUCAAAGUCCAAUGUGCAAUGUGGACUUCUGACUGCUUUGACCUCAUGUUUAUAUUUUAAGGUUCUUGCCAUGGACAAGCAACAAUUAUAGCUGCCUACGGAGAGUCCCAGAGUAAAAAAGUUGAUUUUAAAGUGCAUUCUUUCAGCUGUUGAAAAAUGUGAAAGUAGUUUGAAUGUGCAGUAUGUUUGCUGUUGCUGUAAUUUGAGCGCACAAGUAGCUCUGCCUUUCUUUUUUUUUUUUUUUUUUUUUUUUUUUUUUUGGUUUAAGUCGAGCACUUUUAGACUUGAACAAGUGUUAUUUUUAACUGAUAACCCAUAACAACUAGGUAAUUUUGUCAGUUCUGUUUUUUUAUGAAAAUUCAUUCAUUUUUGUUUAUUAUAUUGCAAAUUGGGCAGAAGUAAUUGGUGCUUACACUGUGGUAAUUAUUAAUUAUUAAGGGGCUAAAAAGUUACAUUUUAGUAACUGUACUCCUGUUUUUCAAACUGAUCUUUUGGAAAGUUGACCAUGCAAUGUACUGAAAUGUAUUUAGUAGUAUCAUCUGCAUUUUUUUCUGUCAGAUGUAUAAAAUUAUGGUAAAGGAGCAACAAAGUUAAGAUGUAAGGCAGCUGAGAUUUGAUAUUUUUGUCCCAGCUUGCUGUAUGACAAAAUUCAGUCUUCAAGUUCCAUAUAAAUUUUGAUCUCACCUAGCCAUUUAAGAGACUGUAUUUAAAAUGAAAAAAGAAAUGACAAUCUACAUGAAGCUGUCAUCUGCUGUCCAGCAAUUGUUAGAAUGAUGAGUAUUUUUAAAAUAAAUCCCUAUGUAAAAUAGAAUAAGCUUUUCUGUACAAAAUGUAUUGAGUGUUCACUCCAUGUUAAUAGCCUAUUUAUUUGCGUACUUUAGUAAGUUAAAAUUCUGACAGGGUAUGCUUCAGCUUUAACUGUUAUGUAUGGUUCUGCCAUACAGUACAAGCUGUAAUGAAUCAUAAUCUCUGUGGUUAUUUAUUCUGUUGAGCACAAUUUUACAGUUUAUAUUUUGAAUGCAAAAUUCUUUUUGCUUUUUUUUUUUUUUUUUGCUUUUUUUUUUUGCUUUUUGGUAAUGAUUUGUUUUCUAUGAUUACUGAAAAAAGUUAGUAAAAAUUAUGAGGUUGUGUGAUAAUAUUGGCAUUAUUUAACUAUGUAUAUUAUCUGCCCAUGAAAUUCUUCUUACAAGAUAUAUACCAUUAAGAAUGCUGCAGUUGUUUUUAUAUAAUUCUUAUUCCAAAUCUCAGUAAUUGAUGUAGAAGUGAGUGCAACUUUUUUACAGGGAAAUACCAAAAUAAGGUUGAGGAUGUUUGAACAUUAAGCUUGUUUAUUCAUUUAUAAGUCUUUUAAGAAUUUUUUGUAUUUUUUUUUUAUAUCCAGUCUGGAGGAGAGGCACAUUAUGUUUACUCAGCAGAGACCAUUUUGUUCUGCCAUAUUAGUUCAAGCACCAUGCCUUUAUCCUAUUUUUUAAUCUAUUGAAAUAACGUUUCCAGUAUCUUUAUGGGGCUAAUUAUUGUAUUAUUUUUAAAAUGCAGCUAACAGCCACUUCUUAAAUAAUAAAUUGCUUAUGAGGUAUGAAGUGGAUGUUGGCUGUCUUAAAAACUGCGGUGGAAUGAAUAAAGCUCUCAAGUAGCCUUAUAUUAA